AAUGCAUAAAUCAUGAGACCGCGAUUAUUUUCGACGUUGAGGGCUUUGCGGCAUGAAAAUCCUUUGGGAUUGCCGCGGGCUGGGACAAUUCCGCGCAUGCAACGAGGGCUGCCGGAACGGAGACGCAUCAAAGACGUGAAGAAAGUAAUAGCUGUUUCCUCAGCCAAAGGUGGUGUUGGCAAGUCCACCAUUGCAGUAAACCUUGCGCUUUCAUUUGCUCGCAGCGGCCUUCGCAGUGGCAUUCUGGAUACGGAUAUCUUUGGGCCCUCGAUACCCACUCUUCUCAAUCUCUUUGGCGAGCCACGCCUGUCUUCAAAUAACCAACUCCUUCCUCUUUCAAACUAUGGCCUUAAAUCAAUGUCUAUGGGCUACCUCGUUGGCCAAGACGCCCCCGUUGUCUGGCGGGGACUGAUGGUUAUGAAAGCCCUCCAACAGCUUCUCCACGAGGUUGACUGGGGCGGACUCGAUGUCCUCGUCCUUGAUCUCCCUCCAGGAACUGGGGACACGCAACUCACCAUCACACAGCAAAUCGAGCUUGACGGCGCGAUUAUUAUUUCAACGCCGCAAGACAUAGCUUUGAAAGACGCCAUCAAGGGCAUCGGCAUGUUUCAGAAAACUAAUAUCCCUAUUCUGGGCAUGGUCCAGAACAUGUCUCUCUUCAUCUGCCCGCAUUGUCUGGAAGGCACUCAUAUCUUUGGUGGCGGUGAGAAUUCAAGCCAUGGCAUUGGCGUUGAGAACACCUGCGCAAAGCACGGUAUUGAGUUUCUAGGCGAUGUUCCUUUGCAUGCUAGCAUUUGUGAUGAUGCGGAUCGGGGAAAGCCCACAGUAGUUAGUGAGCCAGAUAGCGAUCGUGCGAAGGCGUUUGGAAGGAUAGCGGACAUGGUGGGGAAGCAGAUUGGUCUUUUUUGAGCGAGGAAUGAUAAAGAAUGUAUGAUAGUGUAAAAUCAGUCGCAUAAUACGUAUACAAUCAGGAUGGAAAUGUUUGAGACCU